AUGCUAUAUAUAAUUGGACUGGGGCUGGGUGACGAGAAGGACAUCACCUUGAGAGGGCUUGAAGCCGUCAGAUCAUGCCACAAGGUCUACGUUGAGGCAUACACUUCUCUCCUGUCCUUUGGCGUAUCCUCUGAUGGUCUCUCCAAACUGGUAAGAACAGCUCGUGUGAACUGUUCUUGCUUGGCUUUCAUGGAGGAAACAGAAGAAGAUAGGUUGCUAAUGGCUGCCUCUGGUUCCGCAGGAGAAACUGUAUGGCAAGGCAGUCACGGUUGCCGAUCGAGAAAUGGUGGAGGAGAAGGCAGAUGCUAUCCUCUCAGAAGCUGUGGAAUCCGAUGUGGGAUUCCUCGUCGUAGGCGAUCCUUUUGGGUACAAUUUUUAUGCCAUUUAUUUCCCCAUCUAUAUGCUAUUAUUCUUCAUCACGGCUUUAUCUUCAUGUUUAUGUUUCUAUUCCAGUCUUAACGCUUUGAUAACUUGGAUUUAAUUGUGUCAAGGUAUGAGAUAUUUCUGCGAGAUGGUUCUUGGGGAUUGAGGAAAAAAAAACCAUAUUUAGCUAUAUUCAUACCCUUUUAAGCAUAUCUAUGCUUAAAAGGGUAUGUCGCCAACUGAAGCAUAAGAUCUUACUCUGCUAGAGAGAGAGAGAGGUUAUGAUGUUAUUAGAUGCAUUCUUGGGACUGUCUCAUUGAUUACUCCCAUGAAGAGUAUGACCCGCUAUCAAGUUCACAUUCAUUAGAAUGAGAGUCCCACACUGGACAAAAGAGAUGAUAUAAUGCGGUGACCCUGUUUCGUUUGCUUAGGUGAUGAAAACCAGAAAGCAUCGACUCGUUGACUUUGAGCUAAAUGCCCUAAUAUUCUGAAAUUUUUGGGGUUUUUUUUGUUUGAAUUAUUGCUCCCGUAUGCUUUCCAUGCACAUUACAGAGCAACAACACACACCGAUUUGGUCAUUCGAGCGAAGAAAUUGGGGGUGCAAGUUCAGGUGAUCCACAAUGCAUCUGUGAUGAAUGCCGUCGGUGUGUGUGGCUUGCAGCUCUACCGGUUCGGCGAGACGGUCUCUAUACCGUUCUUCACGGAAUCAUGGAGACCAGACAGUUUCUACGAGAAGAUUCAGAAGAAUCGGCAGCUUGGGCUGCACACUCUCUGCCUGCUAGGUUUGUCUCUCCGUUGACUUUUUUUUAUGAGCCCUCAUCAGGGUGUGUAAUCAAGUCAUGCAGACAUUUUUUCAAUUAUUCCUGAUCCUCAUAUACACCUGCAUUCUAAAUAUAAUCAAUUGCCUUGAUUUCUUUUUUUUUUAAUGCUAAGGUCAGCUCUUUAAGAGCUACAUUUUUAGUAUGAUCAUGCGCAAGUAAAACCCCAGGAAGGAUAUAAAUGGAACCUUGCCGUAUUUAAUGCAUCUGAAUUGACUAACUGCAGAUAUACAAGUCAAAGAACCCUCUUUGGAGCAUCUUUGCAGGUAUGCUCUACACAGACUGAAACCCACUGCUUGCUUUCUCUUACCCUAUGGCUGCCCAUCUUCCUCUCUCUCUCUCUCUCUCUUCAACACACACACACACGAUACAUAGAAGCUGGAGGUGGGUAGGCUUACCUUCUCUCUGUCACUUUCCUUCCGUCUGUCCAGGGGAAAGAAAGUCUACCUUCCUCCAAGAUUCAUGACCGUCAACACUGCACUCCAUCAGCUACUGGAAGUCGAGCAAGUCCGGGCCGAACAAGGUACACAUUUGCAUUUAAUUAUUCAUUAAUUAAAUAAUUUAGACAUCAUCCACAUCAUGAUCAUCACUCUCCUUGGUCUCGGCUUCUGAAACUAACAGCUUACUCUGAGGAAUCAAAAUGCGUCGGCAUCGCCCGCCUCGGGAGCGUCGACCAGAUGGUCGUCGCCGGCUCCAUAAAGGAUCUCCUUGGCGUUGACUUUGGCCCGCCGCUCCACUGCCUGAUCAUCGUUGGCCACACCCACGACUUGGAGGACGAGAUGCUGCAGCUCUACGCCCUCAGGCCGCUUUAA